AUGGAUGAACCUCAUUUGAAACGAAAACAUACGAUAUUGCGUGAAUAUCCAGAGGUCGAAAAACUAUACGGCACAGAUAUCCGUACGUUUUACGUAGCGGCUGUCAUCAAUAUCGUUCAGUUAGGCUUGGCGUACUAUUUUGGCAAAUUUUCGUCGCCAGUUUGGGUCUAUUUAACCACCGCGUAUCUGAUUGGAGGGACCCUGACGGGGAUCGUAGGAGUGAUUAUCCAUGAAGCCACUCAUAAUCUGGUCACGCGCACCAAAGUGUUGAACCGAUACGUCGGUUUGUUCACCAAUAUCGUUCUUCCAGUUCCGAUUUCCCAAUCAUUCCGUCGAUAUCAUAUUGAACACCAUACUUGGCAAGGCGUCGAGGGAAUGGACCCCGAUUUGCCGCUGGAUUGGGAAAAAACGUUGAUCCGUGGUAGCAGCUUCAAAAAGUUGCUGUGGAUUCUCAUCUAUCCGGUGAUGUACGUCGUCCGUGGCGCCGUUAUGCAGCAGGCUCGCCAUCAGAAACCGGGCAAAUGGGAGCUCAUCAAUCUUGGUUUCUCUAUUGUUUGCGAUAUCCUCAUCCAACAAGUGUGCGGUUGGUAUGGUCUUUUAUACCUUUUCCUGUCUUUAUGGUUUGGCUACUCUUUGCACCCAGGAGCCGCCCACUUUAUCCAGGAACAUUAUACAUUCGAUGACGGUCAGGAAACCUACUCUUACUAUGGUGUUCUCAAUAUUCCCUUUAUGAAUAUCGGUUACCACAAUGAACACCACGACUUCCAAAAGGUUCCGUGGUCAAAGCUGCCUAAACUUCGUUCAAUGGCAAGUCAAUACUAUGACACUUUGGCAUAUCAUACCUCUUGGAUUAUGGUGCAUUGGAAAUUCAUUACGCAACGUACCAUUGGUCCUCAAUCACGUGUGAUCCGAGAUUAUACCAUUUUCAAGAAAGGCCGUGCUCUGUUGAGAAAAAUUCGAGACUUUGAAACCCGACAUCCUACUGCAAGGGAUUAG